UGAAUUAUUAAUACCAACGCCCCAAUGACAAGACGUUGGCCUGUUUGAGGCUGGGGAUAGUUCCAAGCAUUGGGUCCUCUGAUUGGCUUGGGAAUGAGAGCUGCUACGCUAAACUGUCGUCAGUUGUUUGCGUGGAGCCAUCAUCGUUGUAUCAACCAUCUCAAUACCCCUCAUUUCGCUUGGACCAUCCAGAAUGACAUCAAUUCCAUUUAUAUAAGAAAAACGCCCCUCCUUCUACCUACAAACUCUCAUCUCCAUCUCUUCUCACCCAAAGUCAAUCGCCAAAAUGCCUGUUGAAACCGCCUACGACCCCAAGGACAUGCUGUUCCGCCACCUGGGACCUACUGGUCUCAAGGUCAGUGUCUUCAGUCUUGGUGGCUGGUUGACAUACGGCGGUACGCAAAAGGGCGAUAUCGUGAAGCAGAUUCUUCAGAAGGCUUGGGAUCAUGGUGUCAACACUUUUGAUACCGCCGAGGUUUACGCCAAUGGUGAAUCUGAGGUUGAGAUGGGUCGUGCCCUCAAGGAGCUCGGCUGGCCUCGUGAUGAGUACGUCCUCACCACAAAGGUCUUCUUCGGUACUGGCCGCAAGGAGCCCAACACUCGAGGUCUCAGCCGCAAGCACGUCGUCGAGGGUCUCAAGAGCUCUCUCAAGCGUCUUGAGCAGCCUUACGUCGAUGUUGUCUUUGCUCACCGUCCCGACUACGCUACUCCCAUGAAGGAGAUUGUUGAGGGAUUUACUCAGGUCAUUCGCAACCUGAACCUUGCUUACUACUGGGGUACUUCUGAGUGGACCGCUGCUCAGAUUACCGAGGCUACUCACAUUGCUGAGCGCUACAACCUCAUUGCUCCUGUCGUUGAGCAGCCUCAAUACAACGCCUUCCACCGUGAGCGCUUCGAGGUCGAGUACGCUCCCCUCUUCAACCAGUUCGAGUAUGGCACUACAAUUUGGUCCCCUCUCGCCUCCGGUCUCUUGACCGGCAAGUACAACAACGGAAUUCCCGAGGACUCACGAUUUGCCACCAACAAAGCCUUCUUCGAGAACACAGUCAACGAGCUGCAAAGCGAAGCCGGCAAGGCCAAGAUCGAAAAGGUCAAGAAGCUCUCCGAAGUCGCUGAGCGUCUCGGCGGAAACGUCGCUCAGCUCUCUCUUGCCUGGGCCCUCAAGAACCCCAACGUCAGCACCGUUAUCCUUGGUGCGACAAAGGUUGAGCAGCUUGAGGAUAACUUCAAGGCGCUUGAGAUUUACAAGAAGAUCGAUGAUAAGGUUUUGGAGGAGAUUGAGAAGAUUCUCGAUAACAAGCCCAAGCCUGCUCCUACUUACAACCGUGAGAGGUAAAUAAAAGUUUUGGAAUGAUCUAGAUAUGAAUAAUAGAUCAAUAAUGACUGAAUAUGAGAUUUGAGCUUGGCGCGAUGAGUGACGUGAUUGAUGAGAUUGUUUAUCUUUGGGGCCACAAUAACUCUUAUCGUUUGUGACUGACUGGACAGUGUCAGCUUCACGGCAUGCAUCACGCGUGAGGUUCUCACGUCACCUUCAC